AUGUCUCAAUCAAGUAAACCACAAAAAUUGCGCACUAAUGCAACUGUAGCAUGUAACAAUUGUCGAGCGAGUCACCGAAAAUGCAAAAAACCUUCUGAAGAGGACACAUGUGCAUACUGUAGAAACCACAGACUUCAUUGCGCUUAUACUUUGGGUGGAAAACGCGGUCCAAUGCCUAGAUUUUCUAAAUCACGAUCUCCUUUUAAUAGUAAUUUUCAUAAACCUAAUAUUGAAGAAUUCCAAUUGUUCUCAUUAAAUUUUGGAACUUCACUUCUUUAUAAUGUUAUUACACCUCCUUUUAGAACUACCGAAGUAUUUAUUGAUAAAGAACCGACACCAAAUAAUCAAAAUAUCACUACCGUGUCAAUUAACUCUUGUGAGAGUGCCACUGAAGAAUUCCAACUCUGUUCAUUAAAUCAUCCGUAUUACAAUGCUAUUAUGACCCCUUCUAGAACUACUGGAGAAUUUAUUAACAAUGAACCAGCACUAAAUAAUCAAAAUAUUACACCAAUUAACCUUUAUGAAACUACUAAUGAAGAAUUUCAGUCCUCUUAUUUAAACUUUGGAAUAACACAUGCUCGCACUAUUCCUUCUUUCGGAACUACUGAGGCGUUCAUUGACCAAGGACUAACGUUAAAUAAUCCAAAUACCACACCAUUCAACUUUUACGAGAUUGCUACUGAAGAAUUACAAUCUCCUUAUUAA